AUGGAGGACGAAACUAUUUUCGGUAUCACCGAUGAUUCUGAUGGCUAUGACCCAACACCUAAGAAGAAGAAGGCCGCAUCCAAACCUGCUGUAAAACCAGCCAAGGCAGCGCCAAAACCUAAAAAAUCAUCCGCUCCCCCAAAGACCGCUGGGAAAAAACGCCCUGCAAAUCAUGACGGCGAUGAAUCCGACGGGAAUCUAUCCGGGACCCCACCAAAAAGGGUCAAGAAGACAACAUCUACUAAGAAGGCAGCUGCAGGACGUGCAGGCAAGCCUGGAAAGCCCCUUCAAGAUCUCGAAAACCUCAACGACGAUCUCGAAGAUGAAGAAGGAAAAGAUGGUGAUAACAUCGGGAAGCUAGUUACCUCAGACAAAGGGAAGGGCGUUCAGAAUGCUUCAGACAAAUAUCAAAAGCUUUCACAAGAAGAACACGUUCUCAUCCGCCCGGAUACUUAUAUUGGAUCUAUCGAGAGAACGGAGAGCAAAAUGUGGAUCCACAACCAAGACGAAGAUAGAAUGGUUUAUUCGGAAGUCUCCUUCGUCCCCGGGCUCUACAAAAUCUUCGACGAGAUAAUCGUCAACGCUGCUGAUAAUAAGAUCCGAGAUCCCAGCAUGAACAUGUUGAAGGUUGAACUCGACCGUGAAAAAGGUACUAUCAGUGUCUAUAAUAACGGAUCGGGAAUUCCAAUUCAAAUACACGAUAAAACCAAAAUAUACAUCCCGGAGAUGAUCUUUGGGCAUCUUCUUACUGGCAGCAACUACAACGAUAACGAGAAAAAAGUUGUUGGUGGACGAAACGGCUUCGGUGCAAAGCUUUGUAAUAUUUUUUCGACAGAAUUCAUUCUUGAGACAGCAGACAAAAAGUCGAAACAAAAAUACAAACAAGUCUGGCGAAACAACAUGAAAGUCUGUGAGAAGGCUAUAAUCAAACCGAUGGCUAAAGCCGAGGAAUACACGAAAGUCACCUUCAAACCAGAUCUAGAGAAGUUCGGGAUGACGGAAAUCGAUAGUCAUUUCGAGUCGUUGGUACGUCGUAGGGUUUAUGAUCUUGCUGGCUGUUGCCGGGACCUAAAGGUCUACUACAAUGGAGAUCAAAUCAAGAUCAAAGAUUUCAAGACAUUUAUGCAAUUACACGUUGACUCUAUCCUCCGCGAAAAGCAAGAAUCCGGGGCGAUUCUUGAGCUUGAUAGCAAGCCGCCGGUUAUCGCAUAUGAAAGAGUCAAUGAUAGGUGGGAAAUUGGAUUUGCUGUAUCAGAUGGCACUUUCCAACAGGUCUCUUACGUUAACUCCAUCGCUACAACUUCUGGUGGAACCCACGUCAAUUACGUCGCUGACAGGAUCGUGAAUCGCCUCAAUGCAGAAAUGAAAAAACAAAAGGCGCUGGCGGCCUUGAAACCGGCUCAAAUCAAAAACCACUUCUUCCUGUUCAUCAAUUGCUUGAUUGAAAACCCCGCCUUUACCUCUCAAACAAAAGAACAACUUACAACCCGCCCAAACGCAUUUGGAAGUGCCUGCGAGAUUUCAGACGCUUUCCUAACCAAAGUCGUCAGGAGCGGUAUCAAAGAAGCUCUUUCAGAUACAGCACAAACCAAAACAGAUGCGCUUUUGAAAAAAACAGAUGGUUCAAGGCGAGCCCGCAUCGUUAACUCGAAGCUUGUUGAUGCGAACAAAGCUGGCACGAAAGACGGGUGGCAAUGUACCCUAAUUUUGACCGAGGGUGAUUCAGCUAAGGCACUAGCAAUGUCCGGCAUGGAAGUUGUAGGAAGGGAUCUCUUUGGCGUGUUCCCGUUACGAGGGAAAAUGUUAAAUGUUCGAGACGCACCGGCAGACCAGAUUGCAAAGAAUGCAGAAAUUCAAAAUAUCAAGCAAAUCCUCGGAUUACAGCACAAAAAGACAUAUGACGAAAAGAAUAUUAAAGAUCUUCGUUAUGGUCAUCUCAUGAUCAUGACAGAUCAGGACCAUGACGGCAGCCACAUCAAAGGCCUAUUAAUCAAUUUUCUUGAUGCUCAAUUUGCAAGCCUCCUAAAGAUUGAUGGGUUUCUGCUCGAAUUUAUAACCCCAAUUGUGAAGGCAUAUAAGGGCGUCGUGACAAAGCCUACAAAAUCGCGAGCGUUCUUCACCAUGCCCGAGUACGAAGAGUGGAAGGAAACGAAUACUGAAAAGGGCUGGCAAACAAAGUAUUACAAAGGAUUGGGUACUUCAUCAAGUGCCGAAGCAAAGGAAUAUUUCUCGGAUUUGGACAAGCAUCUGAAGGAGUUCCACAGCAUGAAACUCGAGGAACGUGGUCUCAUUGAUAUGGUAUUUUCGAAGAAAAAGAUUGAAGAGCGGAAAGAAUGGCUUCGACAAUAUCGUCCCGGCGUGUACCUCGAUCACAGCAUUGAGAAGAUCUCGUACGAUGAUUUUAUCAACAAAGAAUUGAUUCUCUUUUCAAUGGCCGAUAACAUACGCUCCAUCCCCUCCGCAAUUGAUGGUUUAAAGCCGGGCCAAAGGAAGGUCUUAUUCGGUUGUUUCAAGAAAAAGCUCUCGAAAGAAGUCAAAGUUCAAUCACUCGCUGGCUACGUCUUAGAUCACACACAUUAUCAGCACGGUGAUGUCUCUCUCGCUCAAACAAUCAUCGCUUUAGCCCAAACAUUUGUUGGCAGCAACAAUGUCAAUAUACUCGAGCCCAUUGGUAACUUCGGAUCACGUUUGGGUGGUGGCAAAGAUGCAGCGAGCGCUCGUUAUAUCUCCACGAUGUUAUCGCCAUUCGCCAGAGCACUAUUUCCAGCGGCUGACGAUGCCAUCCUUGAAUACAACUAUGAAGAUGGAGACAAGAUUGAACCCAACUGGUAUGCCCCAGUCCUACCCCUCAUCCUCAUGAACGGAUCGGACGGUAUCGGCACUGGGUGGAGUUCCAGCAUCCCUAAUUACAAUCCGGAGGACGUAGCCAUGAACAUCCGUCGUCUUCUCGAUGACCAAGACCUCGAACCGAUGCAGCCAUGGUACCGCGGGUUCAAAGGGCGGCUUGAGCGCUUAACUCCCGAAAAAUACCAGUUCUCUGGUAUCAUCAACCAAGUAAAUGACACCACCGUUGAAAUUACAGAGCUACCAGUCCGACUUUGGACUCAGGAGUUCAAAGAAAAACUCGAUGACAUCAUCAAACCCCCAGAAAAGGACGGCAAGGACAAGGACAAAAAAGUAACGAAGGUGGAAAAGGCCUGGAUUAAAGACUAUCUCGAUUAUAAUUCUGAUCUUCGAGUUCAUUUUAUAGUAGAGCUGGACUCAAAGGCGUCCAUGGAAGCAGCCUUGAAGGAAGGGCUGGAAACCCGCUUCAAACUUAACAAAACUGCCAGUACUACCAACAUGGUCGCUUUCGAUGCCCAAGGUAGGCUCACGAGAUACGAAACCCCCGAAGAUAUUCUUAAAGAAUUCUAUUUUGUCCGGCUCAAACUUUACCAAUCCCGCAAGGAUUACCUUCUCGGCGAAUUAAACAAGCAGCUGAGGAAGCUCACAAAUCAAGCCCGCUUUGUUCAAAUGAUCAUCAAGAAAGAGCUGGUGGUGUCAAAUAAAAAAAGGGCCGUUCUUAUCGCGGAACUUCGAUCGCAAAAGUUCGAUGUAAUCUCAAACAAGAAGGAAGCCGAAGAAUCUGGGGAAACUGAGCCCAUUGUCGAAGAAAACGAAGAGAUCACGGGAGGAGAUGAUGUCGGCGACGGCUUUAAUUAUCUUUUGGGGAUGCCCAUCUGGUCUUUAACCAAGGAAAAAGUGGAGAAGUUACUAGCCGAAUGCGGAACCAAGGAGGGGGAAAUCGACACUCUUGCUAAGCGUUCGCCAAAGGACUUGUGGAGAGAGGACCUCGACGUUUUUAUGGAAGAAUGGUACAAACAGUUGAAGGAAGACCAGGAGCGAGCAACCAAACGUAGUGCCCUCAAGAAGUCUAGAAAGGUCAAAACGACUGCAGGCAAGGCCGCCGCCAAAAAGCUGAUCACUGGUUCGGAUGGAGACUCAGACGAUGAUUUUAUUAUCAAACCGAAAAAGUCUCGGGCCGCGCCAAAACCGGCCGCGCCAAAACCGGCCGCACCAAAGCUAAAGCAGACCACUCUUCAGGUCACUAAAAAGGCGCCGCUCAUUGCUAAACCUGUGAAGGAAGAGUCAGACAAAGACAUCUUCGAUUUUAGCGAUGAUGAUGCUAAAAAUCACACACCCGUAAAAAGGGCGGGGGCACGAACAGUAACUUCAAAGACUCCGAGGAUCAUUGAUCUUUCAGAUGACGAUAUGGAAGAUGACCCCGGACAAAAUAAAGAGGACGAUUCCGAUGCAGGUAGCCCUAUAGGUAGAAGUAAAGGGAAGAUUUCUAUAGCUGGCAAGAAGAAUAUUGCCAACAAGCCAGCAGCCAAGAAGACGCAACCAGCAAGCUCAGAUGACAGCGACGAACCUACAGCAGGGAGGGUGCAGGCCGCAAAGAAACGCGGGCGUCCAGCGGCCGCAAAGAAGAAGGAUCUCGCUCUAAGUGCUCCAAAGGCAGCCAAAGCUACCAAAAAAUCACGAAUUAUCGACCUUAGUGACGAAGAAACGGAUGGGGACGUCAAACCUGCCCGUAAACUAGCUCCAGUUGAUAGCAACUCGGAGAGUGACCCUGAACCUGUAGCCCCUAGGGCUCGGCCAGGGAGAGCCGCCGCCGCCAAGCCCUCGAAAUACGCAGAUAUCUUCGACUCGGAUGAAGAAAGUGCUUCUGAAGCCGAGGAAGAAGCACAAUCCGACUUCGACGAGGAGGAGGAGGACUAG